AUGCCACCUAAACCAUCACAUACAGUUACUGGUCAUGAUCAUAACCAUAGUAUCCAAUUUGAUUGGUCUAAGUGUAUGGGUUGUGGAAUAUGUGCUACUAAAUGUACCUUUGGAGUAUUAGUAAAACAACCACCAAAAAUUCCACCAUUUAUCCAUCCUAAUAGAGAUAAACUUUCUCAAGAAAAUAAUGAUAAGACUAGAGUACUUAUUGAUGAGUCUGAAUGUACUGGAUGUGGUCAAUGUUCUUUAGUUUGUAACUUUGGUGCUAUUACACCAAUAGAUCAUCUUACUGACACUUUUAAAGCUAAAAAAGCUGGAAAAAAACUUGUUGCUAUGAUUGCACCUUCAACUCGUUUAGGUGUUGCUGAAGCCAUGGGAAUGCCAAUUGGAAGUACUGCUAUGGCACAAUUAGUUCAUUGUUUAAGACUUAUUGGAUUUGAUUAUGUAUUUGAUGUUGAUGCUGGAGCUGAUAAGACAACGAUGGAUGAUUAUGCUGAGGUUAUUGAAAUGAAAAAAGAGGGGAAAGGGCCAGCUAUUACUUCAUGUUGUCCCGCAUGGAUUGAACUUGUUGAAAAGGAAUAUCCUGACUUAAUUCCAAAUGUCUCUACUGCCCGUUCACCAAUUGGGUGUUUAGCUGGUUGUAUUAAAAGAGGAUGGGCAAAGGAUGUAGGAAUUCCAGUAGAAGACCUUUACACAGUCGGAAUAAUGCCAUGUAUUGCUAAAAAAACAGAGUGCCAAAGACAACAAAUUCACCAAGACUAUGACGCUUCAUGCACUUCAAAUGAAAUUGCCGCUUAUUUCAAAAAACAUCUUCCACCAGAAGAAUGUAAGUUCACUCAAGAAAGGGAAGAAGUCCUUGCUAAAACUGAAGAUGGUCAAUGUGAUUUACCAUUUAGACGUAUUUCUGGUGGUUCUAAUAUUUUUGGAAAGACUGGAGGAGUUUGUGAGACUGUAUUGAGAGUAAUUGCACGUAAUGCUGGAGUUGAUUGGAGCACUUGUACUGUUAAAAAGGAAGAAACUUUUAAACAUGCUGCAAGUGGGUCUACAAUGACAAAUGUCUCUGUUGAUAUUGGUGGGAAUAUUAUCACAGGUGCUGUUUGUCAUGGUGGUUUUGCUAUUAGACAUGCUUGUGACCUUAUUAGAAAAGGAGAAUUAAAAGUUGAUGUAGUUGAAAUGAUGGCAUGUGUUGGGGGUUGUCUUGGAGGAGCGGGUCAACCAAAAAUUCCACCAGCAAAGAAACUUGAGAUGGAUAAGAGAAGAGUAAUGUUAGACAUUUUAGAUCAACAAACUGAUAUUAGAGCUGCUAAUGAAAACACUGAUGUUCUUGGAUGGAUUGAUGAACAUUUUGAUCAUCAAGCUGCACAUCAGCACCUUCACACAUACUUUACUCCCAGAUACCAAAACUAA